AUGGCUGAGACCAUGGUGGUAGAAGCAGCUCUCUCUGCAAUCUUUCACGCGGUAUUUGAAAGAAUAGCUUCUUCUGGCGUGGUCAACUAUUUCAUGGAAAGGAAACUCAAUGAUGAAUCACUACAAAAGUUGAAGAUGUUCCUGCUGUCUGCUAAUGCUGUGCUCGUUGAUGCGGAGGAGAAGCAAAUUACAAACCCAGCUGUGAAAGAGUGGCUGGACGAGCUUAAUGAUGCUGUUCAUGAUGCAGAAGACCUUCUCGAUGAGAUUGCCUAUGAAGACUUGGAAUAUAAUUUACGAGCAAAAUCUCAAACCGGCACUAGUAAGGUAUGGAAUUCCAUCACUGCUUUUAUUUCAUUUGACGAAGGGAUACCAUCUAAGCUAGAAAAGGUUCUGGCAAAAUUAAAAAUUAUAAUAGAACAAAUAGGUGUCCUCCGUCUGAAAGAGGUUGCUAGUGGGGUACCAUUAUCAUCAUCACGAACAACAACUUCUUGCCAAGAAAAAUAUGAUGUGUUGGGUAUGGGUGGUAUUGGCAAAACAACUCUCGCUCGGUUUAUAUAUAAUGAUAGUAGAGUAAAUGAGAGAUUUGACCUCAAAGCAUGGGUUUGCGUUUCGGUGAAUUUUGAUAGUUUUAAAAUAUUUAAAACUAUUCUUGAGGAGGUCAGGUCCGCUAAUGACUUUCAAAACUUGAAUUCUUUGCAAAUUGAAAUUAGAAAGACUUUGGCAGGGAAGAAAUUUUUUCUUGUUUUAGAUGAUGUGUGGAAUGAGAAUUAUAAUGAGUGGGAUGAGUUUCUUAAAGUCUUUAAAUGUGGGGCACAAGAAGUAAAGAUCAUUGUUACCACACGGAGUGAAAGAGUUGCAUCAAAAUUAUGCACGGUACCAACUCAUCAUUGUCUAAAAGAAUUGUCAAAUGACAGGAGUUGGGAUUUAUUUGUACAACAUGCAUUUGGAAAUGGAAAGUUUUGUGCAGACCUUGAGGUAAUUGGCAAACAAAUUGUCAAAAAGUGUAGAGGCCUACCUUUAGCUAUAAAAACAGUUGGGGGUUCGUUGCGUUCAAAUCAAAACCCAACACAUUGGAAAAAGAUUUUGAAGAGUCAUAUAUGGGAUUUACCAGAAGCUAAAACUAAUAUCCUCCCAGCUUUAAGGUUGAGCUAUCAUUACCUUUCAUCGCAUUUGAAGCGAUGCUUUGCUUACUGCUCAAUUUUCCCAAAAGAUCAUGAAUUUGAAAAGGAAGAGUUGAUCUUGUUAUGGAUGGCAGAAGGUUUAUUGCAGCAACCCAAAGAAGAUAGGAGUAUGGAACCUGAAGAAAUAGGUGAUGAAUACUUUAAUGAUCUAGUAUCAAGGUCAUUUUUCCAACAAUCAAAUAAAUCUAAAUCACAUUUCUUGAUGCAUGAUCUUAUUAAUGACUUGGCAAAAUCUAUAUCUGGGGAAUUUUGUUUGAGGUUGGAGAACGAUGAGCCCAAUGGAGUAACAAAAAAGACACGUCAUUUGUCAUAUUAUAGAGCUAACAUUGAUGCCUCUAAGAAAUUUGAGAUCCCUUUUGAGGCUAAGGGCUUGAGAACAUUCUUAGGAGAAAGAUGGUUAUCAUUUCUGUGGUGUGAAUCUAAGGACAUAGUGAAGAUGAUAGAUCAUGAUUUGUUUCAGAAAUUUAAGUGCUUACGAGUGUUAUCAUUUUCUGGUAAAAACAUUAGAGAGUUGCCAGUUUCUAUUGGUAACUUGAAACAUCUACGUUAUUUAAACAUUCGUAACACUAGAAUCAAACACUUACCUAAUUCUUUAUGUAACUUGUAUAAUUUGCAAACCUUGAUAUUGUCACCAUACAUUAAUGAGUUGCCGACCAAU